GCUCUGGAUAUCAUGAGAACGGACAUGUUUUCUGAAAACAAUGGCGCCCGACCUGAAGACGACGGGAGACCCAGAAUAGGAAUUGUUGUAACUGAUGGCAAGUCACGUGAUUCAGGAAAGACAGCGGCCGCUGCAAGAAGGGCCAUAGAUGCCGGAAUUGUCCUGUUUGCCGUUGGCGUCGGAGCUGGUGUUGACAUACCCGAACUAAACAGUAUCGGAUCAACGCCUGUCUGCACCCAUGUGUUUCCUUUGACCGACUUCGAAGAGAUGGCGCCAUUUGUUAAAGAGAUAGAAACCAAAUCUUGUCAAGAGCCCGCCCCCGUCAAGACAGGCACCGUUGUGACCGGCGUACUUCUGGCCAAUCAGAAGCAGUUUUUCUCCCUCCAGGCUAACAGGUCUUCCGGCUUUACGGUCAAGGUCUCCAUGAGUGUCGGCACGACCAGUCUGUAUGCCUCCACCAAGGUGAAGAACCCCAGUCCAGCCUCGUUUGAACACAAAGUUACAGCAUCAACCACCCAAACGGCCCAGCUGUAUCUUUCACCCUCCCAGCUGAGCGUGGGAUUGUCAGCCAGCGGCACGGCGCAGUCACGUGUGGUCCGGCAGGCUUCGCCUGACAACGAGCAGGUCCAGGUGUAUCUGACCCUGGAGGCCGGAAGUGGAAGCCAGAACGAGUUCAAGAUGGAGUCAGGCCACGGUGACGUCAGAUCGAGUGCCACCAACGUCUCCAGCAUGGCCGGCUGUCUCGUCUUUUCACUUUUGGCAUUUCUUCUUAGCUCUUUUUUGAAGGACUUGUAAAGUUUUAGAAUUUCUCAGGAAUUCCUUUUUGUACUUUUGAUUGGUGUGACAUAAAAUAGACGUUUGUGAUGCAAGUUGUUGACCAUUGAAUACAAUAUGAACCAAAGCUUUAGAUGAAAUAACAGAUAUGAUACCUGAGCUUUUUACCAAUAGUCCUUUCAAAUGAAACGAUACGUUGCCAUUAUAGCAAUUUUGUAAUUUCA